CUCAAAAUCAUGGUUGUGGCUAGAAAAGCAGUCCUAAACGUGACUACCCAACAGAGCCGCUUCCAUACACUGAAACAGGAAUCUGCUUCGACCGAGGAGGAUGGACUAAGAUAUUCCAAAGNNAUUACAGUCAAAGACCUCAGCAUCACGAUCGGAAAUCACGAAAUCUUGAGUCAUGCCCAACUACAGCUACAUCCUGGUCGACAUUACGCCUUGGUGGGUCGCAAUGGUGUAGGCAAAUCAACAAUGGCUGAAGGACUUGUCCUACCUGACUCCAUACGUGUGUUGCUUCUAGGUCAAGUGCAAGAGGAUGAGGAACAUGGCUCUUCUACGCCAUUUUCAGCUGACGAGACUGUUCUCGAGCAUGUUCUGCGUAGCGACAAACAACGCGAGCGUCGAAAAUAUGAAGCAAGCAGGCUGUCGACGGCAAUGGAUAACGUCGACGAUCCUGAUGCUUUGUUGAAGGUAUACCGCGAGUUGACAUGUGAGCGAUUGGAACGCGACGUCGCAGAAGCAAGACACCGGGCAUCAAGAACAAGUGGUGUGAGAGGUUUAGGAGCGAGGAAAGCGCUUACGAAGGUAGAGGAAGAGUUGACUGCUGUUUCGAAGAGGCUUGGUCAACUAGACAUCUCGAGCGGACCCGGGGCUGGAGAAUCUACCACAAAUAAGGAAGAAACUCAGAAUGCCAUCGACAUGCUGGCCGAUGUGCAAGCAUCUCUAGUAGCGGUACAGCUUCUCCAGCUACCAUUCGAGCUUAAGAUGCUGACCCGACCUAGANUGGAUGCCUCAUCCGCAGAAGCAAAUGCACGAUCCGUACUACUCGGAAUAGGCUUCUCAGCAAGCCGGAUAGAGAGUCCCAUAUCCCAGCUAUCAGGAGGCUGGAAAACGCGUUGCAGUCUAGCGUGUGCACUCUGCCAAUCAACUGACCUUCUCCUCUUGGACGAACCGACAAACUUCCUCGAUCUGCCAGCCAUCGUUUGGCUAGAAAGAUACAUUCAAAUACUCGAUUCGACAGUCACCUUGCUCACAGUAACACACGAUCGAGCUUUUGCAGACGGAGUCGCAGAUGAACUUCUCAUCUUGCGAAACCAGAGUUUGGAAACCUUCAAGGGAAAUGUGUCCAGCUACGAAAGCGCGAGGAUGCAGUCGUACAAGUACCUCAGCAAGAUGCAAGCCGCCCAGGAAAAGCAGAAGAAACACAUCCAAGCUACCAUCGACCAGAAUCUUAAGAUGGCAAAACGUUCAGGAGACGACAAGAAACUCAAGCAAGUGUCCUCAAGAAAGAAAAAAUUGAACGACCGCAUGGGCAUGGAGGUUUCGGCCAAAGGCACAAGGUUCAAGCUUAGUAGAGACAGACCGGGUUUCCAUGACAGUCUGCGGGAGAGUAUCGAAGUCCCUGAGUUUGAUCCUCCACCACGCAUGAUGUUUCCUGUCUGUCCGUCUGAUCUUCGCUUUCCGGGCGCUCUAAUCUCGCUUGAGGGCGUUGGUUUUGACUACCGCACUGGCAGAACGCAGACACCCGUGUUGCGCGACAUCAACAUCAACAUUCAUCCAGGAGAACGAGUAGGCAUAGUAGGCAUGAACGGUUCAGGAAAGUCUACCUUAGUCUCCCUGAUGAUCGCCGAUUUACAAGAGAGUACGAGUAGCCGUGCACCAAGCAAAGGCAUUAUCACAAGGCACUCUCGAGCAAGAAUCGGCCUUUAUUCGCAGCAAGCGGUUGAGGAGCUUCAAGACAUUGGCUCGGCUGAACCCAGGUUGACUGCUCUGACGCAUCUGUUGGAGUUUACAAAUGGGAAUCUCUCGGAACAAGAAGCACGCGGUCUUCUGUCUUCCCUGGGCUUGGCUGGCAAGGUGACCUCAGAGGUGCCCAUAAGCCUUCUCUCGGGUGGACAANAAGUGCGACUGGCGUUGGCGAAAGUGCUUUGGGACCCACCGCAUUUACUCAUCUUGGACGAGGUUACUACACACCUAGAUCCGAACACCAUACAAGCACUUGGUCUCAGACUUCGUAGUUACCGUGGUGCCAUCUUGCUCAUUACGCAUGACCGCUUUUUCAUGCGAUGCGUCGUCGAAGGCGAAUCGUUUAGACACUCGACCGGAGGAUACGAAGAUGAGCCGGAGGAUGAUAGCGAUGACAGCGAAAACGGCCUACCGGCAUGUGGUGUGGUAUAUCGGUUGUUCAAGACGAGGCUACAGAAGCUGGAUGGCGGCAUGCAGCAAUACGAAGAGAUGGUGGCAAAGUCAUUGUCCUGA